AUGAUCUACAGCAUCUAUAUCGUGAACAAGGCAGGCUCUUUGCUCUACAGCAAGGAGUAUGGCAAGCCCAUUGAAACCAAUGAGAAGCUGCGCAUGGCCAGUCUGCUUCACGGACUGUCAGCUUUUGCCCUGCAGUUGUCACCCAAUGGCGGUCAGCACGGCAUCACGGAUGUUGUCACGACGCACUAUCGGCUGUGUCGAUUCGAGUCGCAGAGCGGCAUGCAGUUUGUGGUGAUCGUCGACCUCAAGCAUCAAGGCGUGGGGCAUUUUCUCCAUCGCCUGCACCAGCUCUACGCGGAUUACAUCCUGAAGAAUCCAUUUUACACGCUGGACAACCCCUUCCAUGGGAGUGACUUGUUCGAGCGCGAGCUGGAAAAGGCCAUGCAAACGCUGAACCGAUGA